AUGGCAGACAAGAGACCAAAGGCUGACUCCACCUCCUGCAGUGUACUAAGUUGGGAACAGGUCAGUCGCUUGCACGAGCUUCUGUCAGAAGUGGUACCAAUUCAUGGACGGGGCAAUUUUCCAACUCUGAAGAUAACCUUGAGGAAGAUAAUCCAAACUGUUCGGCGCAGGCUGGAAGAAGCCAGCAUUCUAGUGCACGACGUUCGACUGAAUGGUUCUGCAGCUGGUCAUGUCUUGGUUAAAGAUAACGGGCUGGGUUGUAAAGAUCUAGAUCUUGUUUUUCUGGUGUCCCUCCCAAGUGAGACUGAGUUCCAGUUGGUCAAAGAAGUGGUGCUGCGGUCCCUUUUAAAUUUUUUUCCUGAAGGUGUAAACAAACACAAGAUUACACCCAUGACUCUUAAGGAAGUAUAUAUUGAAAAGCUGGUGAAGGUGUCCACUGAAAUUGACCGAUGGAGCUUAAUAUCUCUUUCUAACAAAUAUGGCAGAAAUGUAGAGCUCAAGUUUGUGGAUCGUAUCCGACGGCAAUUUGAGUUCAGCGUGGAUUCUUUUCAAAUAAUAUUAGACUCUCUGCUUUUUUAUUAUGAGUGCUCAGCAAACCCAAUGUCUGAGCAUUUCCAUCCAACUGUCAUUGGGGAAAGUAUGUAUGGUGAUUUUGAGGCAGCCUUUCUUCAUCUUAAGAACAGACUGAUAACUACCAAGAACCCUGAGGAAAUUAGGGGAGGCGGGCUCCUCAAAUACAGCAAUCUUCUUGUGAGGGAUUUCAAGCCCAUGGACAAAGGGGAAAUUAAAACCUUAGAGCGUUACAUGUGCUCCAGGUUCUUCAUAGACUUCCCAGACAUUCUGGAACAGCAGCGCAAGUUGGAAACCUACCUGCAGAAUCACUUUGCCGAAGAGGACAGAAGCAAAUACGACUACCUAAUGAUCUUGCGGAAAGUGGUGAAUGAGAGCACAGUAUGCCUCAUGGGGCACGAACGGAGACAGACCCUGAACCUGAUCUCCCUUUUGGCCCUCAGGGUUCUUGUGGAGCAAAACAUCAUCCCUAACGCUAGUAAUGUCACUUGCUACUACCAGCCAGCGCCCUAUGUUAGCGAUGUAAAUUUCAGCAGCUAUUAUGUUGCAGAUACUUCCGGCCAGGUAUGUCCCACCUGGUUGCCUUGCAAUUGAUUUCUUAUCUUCGGGGGGGCCUCUAAUUCAGCCAGAAUGAAGUGUUUCCUGCAUUUCUCUUAGCUGCUUAAAUAGGAUGAAUGUUAUCAAGCUUUAGUCAGGUCAUAAAAUAGUACUGCCUUUCAUAAAAGAAAAUCUCUUUUCUAUCUGUCCUAAUGCGGGUCUGCAAUUUUUAAAAGAAAGAUGAUCUCCAGCAACACCAGAACAUUGAUAGAUGCUUAAUUGCUUCCAUGCGAUCUUACUUUUUGACGUUUCAUUGUCUGCAGGUUCUGUUCCCAAUUCAAUGGAAGUAAUGAGGACUAAUCUGGUAUUCUUGUGCAGGAAAAAUAGCUAUAUUGUAGUACAAAAUUAGCUGAUCAAAACCCCACUAAAAGGAACAGAAUUGAAGCAGUUGAAUGUAGGUAGCAUGAGAGCCAUUUUUCUGAAAGUCUUAAUUAGUUUCCUUCUGGCGCCAUAGCAGUAAUAAUGAAAUUGUCUUUAAAAAGGAAAAUCCUUACAUUCAAUUUGGUGGAUUUUAGUUUAAAGAAAUUGGAUACUGGCAACUUCGUGCUGGCAGAAAUGGCUUCCCGAAUACAUAGCUUUCCUGAUCUCUUCUUCUCACAAGCUUCCUCGGAAAUAGUUUGAGACCUUCCUUGAAGAAGGAAGGUAGCAGCAAUGGAGGCAAAGGAAGUCUAAACAUUUUUAGGAGGGCAGCAUUGGCAAUGGAGAGCUCUUGAUUUGCGGCAAUCCCAAAGCAGGAGGCCUGUUCCAUUAUUUCUCCUAGCUUCCUGUUUGGAAGACUGCCAAGCAAAGGAGGAAGCAGGAAAGUAUUCUUGCAAGGGUAAUAUUGGAUAUUUGCCUUUUCUUAAUAGUACA